GCGCGCGCCAGGGCUCUGCAGGUUGAGAACAAGCUCGAAGGGGCAGCCCUCGAGCUCGAGACCAUGGAGCAACAGGUCGAUGCUCAGCGCCGACAUGUCACCUGCCUUCGCGAGGAGCUGCAGCAGUCCGAGAAGGGGCACAGCGACCUCGUUCGGCAGCUCCACGCUCAGCUUGCAGCUCAGUCUGAGCCUGAUGUGCCGCCGUCGAAGCUCAGUGUUGACGACGUCCUGGAUCUCUCCAAGCUCGAGCGGUUGCUGGACCUUUCGGCGGCGGGCAUCCUCAAUAUCGACGAGACUGACUGCGAGCUCAAGCCUGAUGACCAGAAGGAGUUAGAGGCGCGUGCUGCGCAUCUCCGCGAGUGUAUCUCAGAUCUCAGGCGAAGCGCCCUCGACAUGAUGGGCUUUCUGAACCUGCUGCUGGAGCAGGGGGGCCUGCGGGCGCCGCAGCUGCUGCUGCUGGGGCCGGCUCAGGAGCUGAUGGUCAGGCGCCCGCGGCGCCCCCACCUGGGGCCCAUGCCGGCGUUCGAGAGCGCGCUGCCAGGAUCGCAUCAG